AUGCCCAUUUCCUGGGCAUCGUCAAAUAAGGAGGGCAGUCGUGCUAUCAAGUUGGUAGGCUGGACGCAGAACUCUGACGAGGUCCCCGGUGGUUUACCAGUCAGUGGUACUAUCCAAAAUCCUGGGGGGCCGCAGCUACCCCUGAUGCAACUUGCUCAAGAAUUGCAGCACUUUCUUCGAGUCCACAUCUCUGAACCGGCCGAACCUGUCCGCGACAUGGAUGAAGCUCUGUCUAGGCUAGCAGCGGAUAGCACCGAUGCGACUGCCAAUGCUUUUAUCGGUCUGCAUCAUUUUAUUGCAUGGGAGGAAGACCCAGAGCGCCUUGGAGGUCCCCCUGAAGCGAAACGUUGCUUCCAAACAGCUGUAUCCAAUACCUUAAAUUGCCGUGUCCAGAGCAAUAGGAUUAUCACUAAUGUCUUAUUUAUGGCAGAUCCCUCUGUUGCUGAUUAUUGGUACUUGUUAGGCAGGGCACACAUGACCAUGAAUGAUUAUCGUGGAAGCUAUGAGAGCCUAUAUCAAGCUGUUCCUCGCAAACCACGGGCCCCUGAAAUCUGGGUAACUGUUGGAAUAUUAUAUCACAAUAUUGAGCAAUAUAGAGACUCCCUGGACGCUAUUUCACGGUCGGUAAACCGCAACCCUUCUUUGUGGUUAAACUGGCAUAACUUAGGAGUUCUGGUGCGUAAAUUCCUCAAAUGUGUUCACAAGCUUUUCUGCUGA